AUGGUGGCCGGGGCUAGAAGUGUGUGGUUGUGGUUGUAUCGGCCGUCGGACGCCAUACCCUACGACUACAUUGGAGUACCCGUACCCACCAGUACAAUACGCCCGCGCGAGCCGCAGGGAUUCCUUACCCCCCCGUCCAGUGCCCCCACCCCAGUCCCAAGCAACUUCAACGCCAACGCAACGCAACCCCUGUGGGCCGUGGGCCGUGGGGGCCGGACAGACGUUGUCCGUGGCGAAAACGUGGGCGUGUGGUUGGGUGUGAGAGGCUGGCCCGAGAGUUUGGAGUGCAGGGGGCUGUUUUGGAGGGGUGGGUGA